AUGGCAACCCCUUAUGGCACCUUCCUUCCCGAGGGCCAAUCGAGCAAUAGACCUCCUUUAUUUAGCGGGACUAACUACAAUUAUUGGAAGGCUAGAAUGCGUAUUUAUAUUCAAACUGACUAUAAGUUGUGGAGAAUUAUUGUUGAUGGGCCGCACCGUCCUACCAAAACCGUUAAUGGAGUAGUAGUUUUUAAAGAGGAAAAAGAAUGGGAUGCGAAUGAUGUUAAAGGAAUUGAAUUGAAUGCUAAGGCUAUGAAUCUUUUAUAUUGUGCAUUAGAUCCUAAUGAGUUUAAUAGAGUCUCUACAUGUGAAUCGGCUAAGGAAAUUUGGGAUAAGCUAGAAGUUACACAUGAGGGUACUAGUCAGGUAAAAGAAUCAAAAAUUGACAUGCUUGUUCAUAAGUAUGAAUUGUUUAAAAUGCAGCCUGACGAAUCCAUCUCUGACAUGUUUACACGCUUUACUGAUAUUAUUAAUGGCUUGAAAUCUCUUGGAAAGUCUUACUCUAAUGUUGAUCUUGUGAGAAAGAUUCUCAGGUCAUUACCAAAGCAAUGGGAGCCAAAAGUGACGGCAAUAAUUGAGGCCAAACAAGACCUCACAAAUUACAGCUUGGAUGAGCUUUUGGGUUCUCUUAUGACUCAUGAAAUCACAAUGAACUUGGAGGAUAAUGGAAGCCGUAAGAAAAAGGACCUUGCUUUUAAAAUUUCUACUUCAAGUACAUCAAGUGAAAGUGAAGAUGACUCCGAAUCAAGCGAUGAUGAAGAUCUAGCAGUAAUCACAAGAAAGCUCAAAAAGUCCAUGACAAGAAAAAUGCGAAGGGCAAAAAGAAUUUUAGAAAAAGAUGGUUCCAAAGGAGAAAAUAGCAAGAAAAGAGACAUCAUAUGCUACGAGUGUAAGAGGCCGGGCCAUUUGAAAUCACAAUGUCCUGAAAUCAAGAAGUCAAUGAAAACAGCAAAACGAAGAGCAAUGCUUGCAGCAUUGAGAGAAAUUGAUCGGAGUAGCUCCGAAGAAAAUAGUGACCAAGAAGUUGCUAACCUAUGCUUGAUGGCACAUGGUGAGGAAGAGGUAAACUCUAGUGAUGAUUUUGAUGAGCAAUUUACUUAUGAUGAACUGUUAGAUGCUUUUGAAGAAUUGCAUUCCAAGUUUAAGAAUUUGAGUUCCAAAUAUAAGUCUCUCAAAAAGACUAAUUUUUCCCUCUUAGCUGAAAAUGAAUGUUUGAAAAAUGAGAAAGAUGCCUUGAAAGGGAAAAUUGAAGAAGUUUGUUCUCCAAAAGAGAUUGCAAAUGAUUUGGUAUUUCAAAAUAAUUUGAGACUUGAAAAUGAUGUUUUAAAAAAUGAGGUUGAGGAUUUGAAAACAUCUCUUUCUAAGUUUGUUCAAGGAAAAGAAAAUUUGGAUAUGCUUCUUGGAAAACAAAGAUGUGUUUUUGACAAAGUAGGCAUCGGUUUUAAUCCAACCAAAAAGCAAAAGUUUUAUCAAAAUUUGUUUGUGAAAUCAACUUCUUCUAGUCAUUCUUACACUUCUUGUAACUAUUGUGGAAUGAAUGGUCAUUUAUCAUAUUCUUGUCCUAUUCGUAAAAAUAUGAGUGUUGGAACGAAAAAGAUAUGGGUUCCUAAGCAUCUUGUUACUAACCUUCAUGGACCCAAGCAAUCGUGGGUACCAAAGAACUACAUAUGA